AUGGCAGAGUGUGGAUCUCUCGCAGAGCGAUGGCUCUUUAGCCAAAAGCAAUUGGAUAACAGCCCAUCUAGGCUGUGUGGGGUGACUGCGGGCAAGGAGCUCUUGCGCCGCCAGGAGGCUGCCAGUUUCAUUCAGAACCUGGGCCAGCGGCUUGAUGUUUCUCAGCUCACCAUAAACACUGCCGUGGUCUACAUGCACAGGUUCUACAUGCUGCAAUCUCUCACCAAAUACCACCACUAUGACAUUUCUUCUGCAGCUUUGUUCCUUGCUGCCAAAGCUUUAGACCAGAAAAGAAAACUGGAAGAUGUCCUUAAGGUGGCCCAUGGUGUCCUCUAUUCAAACGAGCCAAAGCUGGACCUCAGCAGCCUGAGGUACUUGAAGCAGGAGAAGCAGCUAGUGUGCCUGGAAAGAAUCAUACUUCAGACUUUGGGCUUUGAGGUCACUGUGGAACAGCCACACAUGCAUGUGAUAAAAUGUUUCCAGUCGGUGGAAGUCUGCAACAACUUGGCACGGGCAUGCUAUCUCAUGGCAACCAACUGCUUGCACAUGACCACUCUGUGCCUUCAAUACAAACCAACGGUACUGGCCUGUCUGAGCAUUCACCUGGCUUGCAAAUGGUCCAGGUAUGAAAUUCCAAUAUCAGAAGAGGGCAAACACUGGUGGCAAUAUGUUGAUCAAUCUGUUAGUCUGGAGUUGCUGGAUCAGCUAAGUGAUCAAUUUCUGCAAGUAUACCAGAAAACACCAAGGGCACUGAGAAGGUUUAGACAGUGCAAACCUAACAAGGCUGCAGGGAAACCCAAGUCCGGCUGGCAACUUGGCAAAUUCCUCCUUGUUCCACCUUUGGUUGAAAACGCUGUUACUGGUAUCACUGAGAAAGCAGGUCUUUCCAACGCAGUCCCUUCCACCUUUCCUACUGCUGUAUCUAAGAAUGCAAGAAGACUGCCCAUCCAGGCUGCUCUAAACCCAGGUAAGCUGGAAACACCAAGGGCAAGACAAGUAUAUGAUCCCCCCAAAAAGAACACUUCGUCUGUUAACCCAUUUGCCAUGGACUUUAAAAAAGCUAUAAAACUUUUCAGCAGGAUACACCACACUCAUAAAGGGUCAGAGCGCUCUGUUAUUAUAGAGAAUUCUCAUAAGACAACACCUGAUAAACACCAUGGUCUGAUCCUCCCACCUCCAUUAGCUGUCCGAAAAAUAUCACUGGAGGAAUACAGGCAGAGGGUUAAACAAAAGUCAACUGGCAACAAAGAUACAGGUGUACCUCUAAAGUGGCAAACACCCAAGCCACCUGCUCCCUCCAACAAAGAGGCUCUGAAAAGGAAAAGAAAAUCGCCUCCCAGCGACAGGCAUAGCUCUUCUAAUGAGGGUCACUGCAAAAUCAAAUAUCCUAAAAUGGAGCACGGGAGUGGAAACAGCACGAAUAGCCACAAAGGUUAA